UUGGCCUUCUUCCGUUUUAUAGAUUUUAGUACCUUAUGGAGAUCUUACUGCGUUAUUACCAUCUCAUAUUUGAUUUAAAAUGGAUCUUUUUACUGAUUCCUUACACGUUUUGCACUUCAUUUCUUGCUAAAUUUUGAAAUUGGUUUUAGGACCUAAACAAAAUUUUAGGGCUUUACAGUUUUUCAUCCAAGGUUUGAUUCUUUAUGUCAGGAAACUUUCCAAUCACAUGUUUUUUUCACGCUACAGGUAGCAGAUUCGUUUAAGGGUUUGUUGAAGGUUCGAUCAUUAACCCUUCCAGCUAUGGUUUGUAUGACUGCAUGACGUGAUUUUAAUUUUGUACAUAACAAUAUAUUAUCGGAGAAGAGCGUGUUUGUUUCAUAUCGGCGAGAGAAAAACAGUAGACAGGUGAGUAGGGGGAUCUGGGAGCUUGGUAAUUUAGUUGUGGUUUUGUGUUUUCUGAAUCUUUAGUAAGACUGUUGUGUAGUGGUUAAAUGGAGCAAGGUUUAGGUUCAAAUUCAAAUCCAUCACUGGGGUCAAUUGAUAAAUCUAGGGUUUUAGAUUUGAGGCCAUUGAGAUGUCUUGUACCAGUUUUCCCAAACCCUCCUGACAUGUCUUCAGUUAUGACCCCCCAGCCCUCACCCUUUGUAUGCACUCCACCAACUGGUCCUUUUCCACCUGGGAUCCAUCCGUUUUAUCCAUUUUUUAUUCCAAAUGAUUCUCAACAGAAUCCACACCCAAACACAUCUGGUGCAUCAAAUCAGCCGGGGAAUCAUGCUUUCGGUAAUUCCAUACCUGCUCCUAUUCCAUUGAAUUCAUUUAGAACACCAACGCCCCAAGCAAAUGGGGGCACUCGGCAGUCUGGGAGGGGCUCCAGAGGUCGUAUAUCAGAACCUGUAGUUGCAGAUGAUGAUGAUUAUAAUGACUCGCAGAAUCAGAGUGGCCAGCAUGUGAGCGGAUUUAGUGUGCAUGUAACUGACACAGAGGAUGCCGGUAAUACUCGGAAACGAAGGGGCCGUCCAAGGAAGAGCAAUCCGGGUGAGAGCAGGGAUGAGCAUGAAGAUAGCUCUGAUGUUGAAUCACUGGUUAAUAGAUUCUUAACAUCGUUUAAGCUUAAGAACUUUGAUGAUGUUAGAAGAGCUAAUGGUGACAAGGAGAUAGUCAAUAACAUACUGUUAGUGUUUGAUUUGUUACGGAAAAGGUUUACCCAACUUGAAGAAGUGAAGGAUAAGUCUCCUGGGAUUACUAGACGUCCAGACCUGAAAGCCGCUUCACUCUUGAUGACUAACGGUGUUCGAACAAAUAACACAAAGAGGAUUGGGCAUCUGCCUGGGGUAGAGGUUGGUGAUAUCUUCUUUUUCAGGAUGGAGCUUUGCAUCGUUGGAUUACAUGCUCCAAGUAUGGCUGGAAUAGAUUAUAUGAAUGUGAAAAUUACUGUGGAUGAAGAACCUGUUGCUGUAAGCAUUGUUUCAUCUGGAGGAUAUGAUGAUCUGGGAGAUGAUGGGGAUAUCUUGAUUUACAGUGGCCAGGGUGGAGUGCAGAGAAGAGAUAAACAAAUGUUUGAUCAGAAACUUGAAAGGGGAAAUCUGGCUCUAGAAAAGAGUUUGCAUCGUGCAAAUGAGGUGAGAGUCAUCCGAGGCAUAAAGGAUAUUGCCGCUUCAACUGGGAAGAUAUAUGUUUAUGAUGGCCUGUACAAAAUUCAGGAGUCAUGGGCAGAGAAAAACAAUUCUGGAUGCAAUGUUUUUAAGUACAAGUUGGUUAGAGUACCUGGGCAACCUGAAGCUUUCAAUUUGUGGAAAUCAAUUCGGCAGUGGAAGGACGGAACUGCUCCGAGGAGUGGGGUCAUCCUUCCUGAUUUGACUUCAGGAGCAGAGCCUUUACCUGUCACUCUUGUGAAUGAUGUUGAUGAUGAAAAGGGACCUGCUUAUUUCACAUAUAUUCGUAAUCUCAAGUACUCCAAACCUUUUUCUACACCCAAGUCUUUUUCGGGAUGUCAAUGCACUGGUGGAUGCCAACCUGGUCAUACCAGCUGCCCAUGCAGUCAAAGAAACGAGGGAUAUCUCCCUUAUUCAUCUCUUGGAGUUCUUCUGACUGACAAACCCUUUGUAUAUGAAUGUGGAGUGGCCUGCGCUUGUCCUCCAAACUGCCGGAACAGAAUGUCUCAGGCUGGUCUGAAAGUCCGUUUGGAGAUCUUUAAGACAAAUGACAGGGGUUGGGGACUUAGAUCUUGGGAUCCCAUUCGUGCUGGAGGUUUUAUCUGUGAGUAUGCAGGUGAUGCCAUAGAUACGUCUACAUUAGGUGAUUUUGGGAAUGAAAAGGAAGAUAAUUACACUUUUGAUGCUACUCGUUUCUAUGAGCGGUUGGAAGCUGUGCAUGAUGAUUCUAAUGGUUCUAUGAAAUUCCCCUUUCCCCUUGUUAUAAGUGCAAAAAAUAAUGGCAAUGGAGCUCGAUUCAUGAAUCAUAGUUGCUCACCAAAUGUGUUCUGGAAGCCAAUUUUACGUGAAAGUACUAAUGAGUCAUACCUCCAUAUUGCUUUCUUUGCAAUCCGACAUAUUCCUCCCAUGCAAGAGCUGACGUUUGAUUAUGGGAUGGUUCAACCUGAGAAAGGAGACCAUGGAAGAAAAAAGUGCUUGUGUGGAUCUGUGAAAUGCAAAGGGUACUUCUAUUGAUGACACCUGGUGAAAAAUAGAUCAUUGUGCAUGAGGCCAGUGGGGAAGUAUCUUUCAAGUGUAGAAGUUAUACAAUAAAUCUGCUGACCGAUCAAAAAUGCUUCUGCAAACUCACCAGGCUUGAUAACGUCGGCAAGAAAUUGUAGUUUCGUACCUGUCAGGUGAUUGUUUUACAUUAUUAACAAUCAAGGUUUCAUAGCCAAGCUGCUUCCAUUUUCACUCAGUUCACCAGAUGUUGAUGGUAGGGAAAGAGCUAGCCUUAAACUGUAAUGUCUUAUGUUGUAGGUAUGCAAAUGGACCAGAAUGUUUUUUCAACUGUAGCAAUUGAUCCACCGUCAAGCUUGUAGUUUAACUGAAGUUCCUUUUUUUUAUUGGGAAUGUAACAAAGUUGUUUUGUAAUCAUGUUAAGUUUUAGAUUGUAGCUUGGAACUCGUUGAGGUUGGAUUCUUGAUUGUUAUAUUUUGUUUAUAGCUUUGAUUACGAAGAUGAGAUUUUUUUA